GGUCCAAAACCCUAAAUCCUGGGGAGAAAAUGGCACAGCUACUGGGGAGCGCUCUCGGCCCGGCGCGGCCAAUCCCUCGCAAGAAUGCGGCGCCGUCCUCCAUCGCCAGGGCAUCGGUGAGCUCCUCCCCCACAGAAAUCGCCGCUCCAUCGCGGCAGCAGGGCGCCGGCGAGCACGCGAUCGUGUUGAAUCGCUACAGCAGCCGCGUGACGCAGCCCAAAUCCCAGGGCGCGUCGCAGGCCGUGCUCUAUGGCGUGGGGCUGCGCGACGAGGACAUGUCCAAGGCGCAGGUCGGGAUCUCCUCGGUGUGGUACGAGGGCAAUACUUGCAAUAUGCAUUUGCUCAAGCUCUCCGAGGCUGUCAAGGAGGGCGUGCGUGAGGCUGGCAUGGUGGGAUUUCGUUUCAACACCGUGGGAGUGAGCGAUGCCAUCUCGAUGGGCACCGAGGGGAUGUGCUAUAGCUUGCAGUCGCGGGAUUUGAUAGCUGAUAGCAUCGAGACCGUCAUGGGUGGACAGUGGUACGAUGCAAAUGUCUCCAUUCCAGGCUGCGAUAAGAAUAUGCCAGGAACUCUCAUUGCAAUGGGAAGGCUGAAUCGACCAAGUAUUAUGGUUUACGGAGGAACUAUCAAACCAGGAAUCGUGAACGGGCAUACGUACGAUAUAGUGUCAGCUUUCCAGAGCUACGGAGAAUAUGUUGGUGGUCACAUUUCUGACGAGCAGCGACUGAAAGUUUUGCAACAUUCAUGUCCAGGUGCUGGAGCUUGUGGUGGAAUGUACACGGCAAAUACCAUGGCCAGCGCCAUUGAAGCCUUAGGCAUGUCCCUUCCUUACAGUUCUUCCAUUCCAGCUGAAGACCCUCUGAAGCUACAAGAAUGCCGACUGGUGGGAAAACACUUGCUGGAGCUGCUGAAGAUGGACUUGAAACCGAAAGACAUAAUCACGAAAGAGUCGCUUCACAAUGCCAUGGUCGUCGUAAUGGCGCUGGGAGGAUCGACAAAUGCCGUGCUACACCUGAUCGCAAUUGCGAGGUCAGUAAACGUACCACUGACCUUGGACGACUUUCAGAAAGUUAGUGACAAAGUUCCGUUUAUCGCUGAUCUUAAACCCAGCGGGAAGUAUGUAAUGGAGGACUUGCAUAAGAUCGGUGGAACGCCUGGCGUUUUAAAGUAUCUGCUUGAGGAGGGCUACCUCAAUGGCGACUGCAUCACUGUGACUGGCAAAACCUUGUCGGAAAAUAUAUCCAUCUGCCCGCCCUUGAGCGAGGGACAGGAUGUCAUACAUCCACUGGAUCGGCCUAUCAAGUCGACUGGCCACAUACAGAUCUUGUAUGGAAACCUUGCUCCCGAGGGCUCCGUUGCAAAAAUCACUGGGAAAGAGGGUCUUUACUUUUCAGGUCCUGCUCGGGUUUUCGAAGGCGAAGAAGCUAUGCUUUCAGCGCUAUCUGAGAAUCCUCAAAGCUUCAAGGGCGCCGUGAUUGUUAUCAGGGGAGAAGGUCCCAAAGGUGGUCCGGGAAUGCCUGAGAUGCUAACUCCUACAAGUGCGAUCAUGGGUGCUGGCUUGGGGAAGGAAGUAGCUCUCCUCACGGAUGGGAGAUUUUCAGGAGGUUCUCAUGGUUUUGUCGUUGGACACAUUUGUCCAGAAGCCCAGGUUGGGGGUCCAAUCGCCUUAGUCCGAGAUGGAGAUAGAAUCACUCUUGACAUUGAGAAGCGACUGAUUGAUCUCGGCGUGGCCGAGGACGAGCUAGCGGCACGAAAGAAAGCGUGGACAGCGCCACCUCUCAAGGCAACUCGUGGAACGCUAUACAAGUACAUCAAGAAUGUGAAGUCCGCCUCCGAAGGCUGCGUGACCGAUGAAUAGAAAUUUUCUGUGAGACCAAGUUUUGUAGAGAAGUUUUAACGCAGUGGUAAAGUUUUGCUAAAAUUGGUAAGACUAAACCUGGAGAUGGAAAAAAAACUGGUUUUGUUCAGCAA